GUUAUCGAGCUGCGCUGGAGGUCCGUGAUGCUGACAGGGCGAGCCAGUCUUCAGACGGCAGCCAUCUCGUCGGAUCCGGGAUCAGCCCAAGAGGAAAGGAGAACCCUACCGCCGCCCGCCACGCUGCCAUCCGGCCGCCUGUCCCGCCCUUUACGACUUAGGAGCCUGUCCUCUCUGCAGCCGCCGCCAUCAUGUGCGACUGUUUCCACCUGGCCUUCCCUAACUGGCACGGCGCGCCCUCUGGCACAGGAGCUGGGCGAAGGCUGAGAGCACCAGACCUCGGCUCAGAGGACCAUUCGGCAUGUGACGAGCCGUCUCAUUUCACCGAGGGUGAGAGACCACGCCCUCAGGGAUCGUCCCCCGUGGAAGAACAUCCGGAGACGGAGAAAUAUAGUGACAGCGACAAGGAGGAAGAUGACCCACACCAUAAGCGAGGCAAGGGGAAGAAGGGUAAAAGGUCCAGCUUUGGCUGUGGAUUUGACCGCCGCUCGACCCCAAAGAUGAGCAAACUGAAGGAAGCGUAUAGCCCAGAGUCAGGGAUGAUCAUAAAAACAGCCCAAGAUGGAGGUGCAGAAGGUCUUAUCUAUGGCGGAGGUGGUAAAGACGGCAUCUUCAUCAAAGAAGUGGUACCAGAAUCGCCUGCUUCUAAAAGUCUACAACUCAAAGAAGGAGAUCAGCUUCUGAGUGCCACUGUCUAUUUUGACAAUGUGUCAUAUCAGGACGCUAUUCAAAUUCUGGAGCAUGCUCAGGCUUACAAAGUGAAGCUCUGCCUAAAACGCAAACCCGACAUCACAGAGACGGAGCCCCUCGCUGAGUCUGACAUCAUUCCUGAGGAUGAAACCUUCACUCCAGAGAUGCGAGAACAUGGGAAAUCCAAGAGACGAGGUGAUGCACGCAUUUCCUGGCCUAAGUUUCCCUCCUUAGGGAGAGGGAAGAAGUCCCGUUUUGCAAGGUCUCACAGUUCUUCUGAGGCUGAUGAGCAGAGAAAGUUGGAGCUGAGUCCAACCACAAGUGACACAGAGUCCCCAAUAAAGACUCAAGACACCCUUAAAGGCAAGAAACGGCAUAAGAUGAAGCUUCCAUCUCUAACAAAGAGAGGCCGCGUUAGCUCAUCUGAGGAUCAAGACACUGAUGCACCAACAUGCACACAAGAAGCAGCAGAACUGCUCUCACCUGAAGGCCUUCAAAGCCCCGUAGGAACGAGGCCUGAAGUGCAUCGAAUAGAAGAGAUAACUCUGGUAGAAGAUUCUGAUUCAAGAGUGACUAAACCUCUUGCUCUUCAACACAAGGUAGAGCUCAUUGCUAUCGACAGCGCGUUGAAAACAACCGAUCUAACGGUGGCUCUGACGGGUCAAGAAAGCCCUACUGGACCACUGUCUCCCGAUGGUAAGAAAAAGAAGAAAGAAAGGUCUGAAUUAAAAAUGAAAAUAAUGGGGAAGGACAAAUCAAACAAGAAAGAGGCAAAAGCAAAAUCACCCAAAAGGCUCAAAACACUGGGCGCGAGUUUAGAAAUAGCAGACCUAGGCAUUGUCAGAGGGGAUCAGCGCGAGCAAAAGACUGAAAUUGAACAAACAUCCCCACGCAAAGGCAAAAGUAAAAAAAUAACCCUCCUCCCCAAGCGUGAAGACAUUGAAAUCCCUGGUAUGGAGGACAUGUCGCGAAGGACACAAGUCAAAGGAGCCCACGAUGAACUACCAGAAACAGUGCAACUCUCAAUUGAUGUGGAUAGCGUGAAAGAGGCUGUUUCAAAGUUGCCUGGAUAUAAAUUGCCAAAGGUGGAUAUGUGUGGAGUACCUAUUCCUGAAGAAAUCACUGUGAUAGAUGCCAAUGCUCAGAGAAUAUCAGUGAAAACACCCACUAAAUUUGCUGAUGGCAAAACAAAACAGGAGGCCCCCAUCAGUAAGGCAGAGGAAGAGGACGCUUCCACUCCAGAAUUAUCCAAGACUUCUUUCAAGCUACCAAAGAUCAAACCGGGUGACUUAAGUUCAGAAGAAGUUUUAACCGUGACCCGGAUGGACCCAACAAAUAUAGAAACGACACAAGAGUGCCAACCUGCGCUCGACUCAAAAGAAUCUGAUAAGAAAUCAAAGACGGCAAAGAUAGUUUUGCCGAGCAUCGGGUUUUCAAAGGCAGCCUUUAGAAUCCCUGAGGUCGGAAUGUAUUUACCAAAGCCAAAUAUUUCUGGGCCCAAGGAUGAUGAUGUGAAAGGAGAAAGAACUAUAUUCCUCCAAGAAGAAAUAAGAGAAGAAGGCAUUACGUCCGCUGCUGUGAUAAGCACUGGUGAACUUGAAUACAUCGAUUCGGCAGAAUCCCCCGUUGAGAGGGAACUUGAUGGAAAAGGAAGCCCAUUACAAAACCUGAAAUUUGAAGUAUCAUUACCAAAGUUAAGAGCUCCACAAAUUGAUUUAAGCUUGUCAAAAACUGAUGGAAAAGUCAAAUCACCUGAUGCUCAAUUAGGCGCAUACAAAUAUAUUCCGGAAGAGAAGAUGGCAGUUGACAUUGCAGGGUCGCCAGGAGAUCAGGAAGCAAAAGGACGUAAGUUUAAAAUGCCGCAAUUUGAUUUCACAAUACCGGAAAUCACUGGACCACAACUCAAUGUAAACAUUUUCAAAAAAGAGGAGGGUGUGAAAAAGCCAGAUCCUGAACCAGAGGUACAAAUCAAAGAAGCCUUAGAUGUGGAUUUAAGUCCCGUAAAAGCACAGGCAUCACCACAGAAAGACAAAACACCCCAACAUCUUCUGUCUGGGGUUGAACUUGAUGGACAUAAAGCCAAAUUUCAAAUGCCAAAAUUUAAAGUUAAAGGACCUGAUGUUGAUUUUGGUUUAUCCGAGGAAGGUGGAGAUGCUACUGUGCCAAAGCCCAAGGUUGAUACCAAUGUUGAUAUUCCAAGAAAGGACCUUGGAUUUAACAUUUCCGCACCUAGCGUGGAAAUUGAAGGACCUGUAAUAGACGUGAAGACUACGGAUGCUGAUCAGGAUGGAAAAGGCGGCAAGUUCAACAUGCCACAUCUCAGUUUCCCCAUGCCCAAGAUAAAAGGACACGAAACAGAAAAGGGCACCAGGGUGACAACACCGGAGGCUAAGGUUGAUGUCCAAAAGCCAGAUACUCCCAAAAUCUACACUAGUGAGGCCAAAGCCGAAGUUAAACUUUUUGUACCACCAGCGUGUGAGGUAAAAAUGGAUGGACAGGGAAUGAAGUUGAAAAUGCCAAAGUUCGGAGUAAUAAUGCCAAAACUCAAAGGGCCUGAAAUUGAGUUCAACUUAAAAAAGAAAGAUAUUGAUGUCAAUCGUCAGGUAACUGAUGAAACAAUUCCACAGACUCCUAAACUAAACGUAAAUAUUGGACAAACUGAUGGAUUACAGACAGAGAUUGACAUUAAAAAACCCGAUUUACAAAUGCAAGCUUUCAAAUCUAAUUUUGAGCACAGUGAGAAAAACCUAAAGGAAAAUGUUGACAUCAAAUGUCCAGAUGUUCCCACACUUGAUCUUGGAAAAGUGAAUAUUGGGACAGCAGAGGUGAAAAUGGAAGAACAUGAGAUUGAUACUGAACCUUUGUAUGCUGAAAUUGAAUAUAAAAGAGGCAAGUUUAAAAUGCCAAAAUUUGGCAUCUCCAUGCCAAAGAUGAAAGCACCCGACAUUGAUAUAAGCUUAUCAAAGAAAGAUGGAGAGAUCAAACUCCCGGAAGCUGAAGUUGAGCUCCCCGAUGUUGAUGUGAAACUACCAUCAGCUAAAGUGGAAAUAGAAGGUCCUGAGGUUGAUUUUCAACCAGGUAGUGUUGAAGGAUCAUCAUCAAAAUUUAAACUGCCAACAUUCAAAUUACCAAAAUUGGGUGUCGCUUUACCUCAGGUCAGUGUGGAAGUACCUGAUACAGAAAAAGAGAUCAAGGUGGAGGGAACAGAUGUAAAAUCACCAGAAUUAAAAGUGGGAGCUAAAAUUCCUGAUGUUACUACAGAUAGUGAUGUGAAAAUAGAUGGUCAUGAGAGCAAGUUCAAAAUGCCAAAAUUUGGUAUCGCCAUGCCGAGAAUGAAAGGACCCGACUUUGAUAUAAGCUUAUCAAAGAAAGAUGGACACAUGAAAUUCCCGGAAGCUGAACUUGAGCUCCCCGAUGUGGAUGUGAAACUACCAUCAGCUAAAGUGGAAAUAGAAGGUCCUGAGGUUGAUUUUCAACCAGGUAGUGUUGAAGGAUCGCCAUCAAAAUUUAAACUGCCAACAUUCAAAUUACCAAAAUUGGGUGUGGCUUUACCUCAAGUCAGUGUAGAAGUACCUGAUAUAGACAAAGAGACCAAGGUGGAGGGAGCAGAUGUAAAAUCACCAGAAUUAAAAGUGGGAGCUCAAAUUCCUGACGUUGCUACAGAUGUUGAUGUCAAAAUGAAAAGAUCAAAAUUCUCAUUCCCCAAAUUCUCAUUAACAAAGCAAAGUAGCAAAGAGUCAGAAGUUGAGAUUGAUCACCCAGAUGUUGAUGUUUCGAUUCCAGCAGGGAAACUGGAAAUCACUUCACCAGAAGUAGAGUUUCAAUCACCAGAUGUUGAUGUGAAAAUAGAUGGUCAGGAGAGCAAGUUCAAAAUGCCAAAAUUUGGUAUCGCCAUGCCGAAAAUGAAAGGACCCGACUUUGAUAUAAGCUUAUUAAAGAAAGAUGGAGACAUCAAAUUCCCGGAAGCUGAAGUUGAGCUCCCCGAUGUUGACGUGAAACUAGCAUCAGCUAAAGUGGAAAUAGAAUGUCCCGAGGUUGAUUUUCAACCAGGUAGUGUUGAAGGAUCGCCAUCAAAAUUUAAACUGCCAACAAUCAAAUUACCUAAAUUGGGUGUGGCUUUACCUAAGGUCAGUGUAGAAGUCAGUGAUAUGGACAAAGAGAUCAAGGUGGAGGGAGCAGAUGUAAAAUCACCAGAAUUAAAAGUGGGUGAUAAAAUUCCUGAUGUUGCUACAGAUGUUGAUGUCAAAAUGAAAAGAUCAAAAUUUUCAUUCCCCAAAUUCUCAUUAACAAAGCAAAGUAGCAAAGAGUCAGAAGUUGAGAUUGAUCACCCAGAUGUUGAUGUUUCGAUUCCAGCAGGGAAACUCGAAAUCACUUCACCAGAAGUAGAGUUUCAAUCACCAGAUGUUGAUGUGAAAAUAGAUGGUCAGGAGAGCAAGUUCAAAAUGCCAAAAUUUGGUAUCGCCAUGCCGAAAAUGAAAGGACCCGACUUUGAUAUAAGCUUAUCAAAGAAAGAUGGAGAUAUGAAAUUCCCGGAAGCUGAACUUGAGCUCCCCAAUGUUGACGUGAAACUACCAUCAGCCAAAGUGGAAAUAGAAGGUUCUGAGGUUGAUUUUCAACCAGGUAGUGUUGAAGGAUCGGCAUCAAAAUUUAAAAUGCCAACAUUCAAAUUACCCAAAUUAGGUGUAGCUUUACCUCAGGUCAGUGUGGAAGGACCUGAUAUGGACAAAGGGAUCAAGAUAGAGGGAGCAGAUGUAAAAUCACCAGAAUUAAAUGUUGAAGCUAAGAUUCCUGAUGCUGCUCCAGAUGUUGAUUUCAAAAUGAAAAGAUCAAAAUUCUCAUUCCCCAAAUUCUCAUUAACAAAGCAAAGUAGCAAAGAGUCAGAAGUUGAGAUUGAUCUCCCAGAUGUUGAUGUUUCGAUUCCAGAAGGGAAAUUAGAAAUCACUUCACCAGAAGUAGAGUUUCACAAACCAGAUAUUGAUGUCAAUAUAGGUGGUCAGGAGAGCAAGUUCAAAAUGCCAAAGUUUGGCAUCACCAUGCCCAAAAUGAAAGGACCCGACUUUGAUAUAAGCUUAUCAAAGAAAGAUGGUGAGAUCAAACUCCCCAAAGGUGAAGUUGAACUCCCGGAUGUUGAUGUUAAACUUCCAUCAGCUAAAGUCGAUAUUGAAGCUCCUAAAAUUGAAGCUCGACCUGGUAGCGUGGAAGGAUCACCAUCAAAAUUCAAAUUACCAACAAUCUCAUUCCCCAAAUUCUCAUUAACCAAGCAAAGUAGCAAAGAAACUGAAGUUGAUCUUGACCUCCCAGGUGUUGAUGUUUCUAUUCCAGAGGGAAAUUUGGAGGUCACUCUACCUCAAGUAGAGUUCCAAUCACCAGAAGGCCAAGAGAGCAAGUAUAAAAUGCCCAAAUUUGGCAUCUCCAUACCAAAAAUGAAAGGACCUGACUUGGAUAUCAGCUUGUCACAGAAAGAUGGAGAGAUCAAACUUCCAGAAGCUGAAGUUGAACUCCCCGAUGUUGACGUUAAACUACCAUCAGCUAAAGUGGAAAUAGAAGGUCCUAAAAUUGAAGCUCACCCAGGUAGUGUGGAAGGAUCGCCAUCAAAAUUCAAACUGCCAACAUUUAAAUUACCCAAACUGGGUGUGGCUCUACCUCAGGUCAGUGUGGAAGUCCCUGAUAUGGACAAGGAGCUCAAGGUAGAGGGACCACAUGUAAAAUCACCAGAAUUAAAAGUGGAAGCAAAAAUUCCUGAUGCUGCCUCAGAAAUUGAUGUCAAAAUGAAAAAGUCUAAAUUCUCAUUGCCCAAAUUCUCACUAACCAAGCAAAGUAGCAAAGAAUCUGAAGUUGAUAUUGACCUCCCAGAUGUUGAUGUUUCUGUUCAAGCAGGGAAACUGGAAAUCACUUCACCAGAUGUUGAUGUCAAUAUAGAUGGUCAGGAGGGCAAGUUUAAAAUGCCCAAAUUUGGCAUCUCCAUGCCGAAAAUGAAAGGACCUGAUUUUGAUAUAAGCUUAUCAAAGAAAGAUGGCGAGAUCAAAAUCCCAGAAGCUGAAGUUGAACUCCCAGAUGUCGAUGUUAAACUACCGUCCGUUCAAGUGGACAUUGAAGCGCCUAAAACUGAAGGUUGUGUUGAAGGAUCACCAUCAAAAUUCAAAUUACCAACAAUCUCAUUCCCCAAAUUCUCAUUAACCAAGCAAAGUAGCAAAGAGGCUGAAGUUGAUAUUGACCUCCCAGAAGUUGAUGUUUCCAUUCCAGAGGGAAAUCUGGAGGUCACUCUUCCUCAGUCGGCAGGCGAGGCCGGCCAAUCGUCGUCAUCGUGGACAGUGGAGAGUUCACAGAGCAGCAGGAGGACAGUGUCGCAGAAACGUAUUGUCCGGGAAACGUCGCGCGAAAGCACAGAAACCUUUGUGAUUACCAAACAGAUCACCAAAACCAUCGACCCCACCGAGUUCUUCGCCAACGAGGAGGCGGCUUCGUCCAUCCAGCGUCUCAGAGAAUCCGUUCACUCGGAGAAAAUGAGAUUUUUUGACGGUGCUGAGAAGUGA